AUGGUGCAGACUCUACCGCCUCGUCCUCCAGCUUCACGGACCGUGAUACAUCUCCCCUAUGACGUGCUCGUCGACAUGUUCUCCUUCUUACACUCUCCAGACCUCGUCAAUCUUCUGUGCAGUUGUCGCACGUUGUACGCUCUUGUCGGUGAUGAGUCUACUUGGCGAUCUUUGUCAAGUACCUAUGGCCUUCGCAAUAUUGACCACUUCGGCGGACGAUCGUGGUACACCGUUUACACGAGGCUACUGCACACGUUUGGGCCCAUGCUCGGGCUCUGGGCGGGAGACCACCCGUACACCGGUAGCGUCAUUGAAGUAGGUCUUCAAGCCGGCGACGCCAACAGGCAAGGCGGGAUCAUCGUCGAAUUGUGGCGUUUCCGCGCUCUCCAGCCGGAAGACCUUGACGGACCGGAGACGGCGGAGCCUCCCACUUACAUUCCACUGGCAACCAUCGACUUCAGCCACACCGCCACCGUACAUGGGCCGCCGAUGAUCACAUGUUCCUACGACAAGCGGUCACCCACCCAUCGCGCCGAGUUCGAGCUGCAGUCGCCAUGCACAACAGGCUUCUACCUGCACACGCGACGCGGCCAAUACCCGCACCCAGACUUCCCCAGCGCCGAGUCUCACACUUGGGUAGAUGGGACACGAUACCCAAGAAUCCGAUGCACGCCGUCACGCAGUAUCAACCAGACCCCGCAUCUUCCCCCUCAUCCCCGUGUGCCCGUGGUUUACGCUGCGCCAACGUCGUACAGAAAGCCUCCAGCACUGUCUAUAUCCUGUUCGCUGGGCUGUGCCGAACGUGCCCGCCCCUUCCUCGGUUUCAACGACAUCAGCGACUCUCUUCCGCGUUUCUACCCUCUGCGUCACGACAUGCCCAAGCACAUCGAACCUCUAUCCCCGGGCUGGCAUCCGACUACGUUGGUGGGGGUUUGGCUGGGCUCCCACGGCCCUCAUGGGACAGAAUGCCUUUACGUUGACUGGGUCAGCCAUCCAGCGACACUGCGCGCAUGGAAGAUCACCGGCGACGAGAACGUUCCGCGGGGUGCGCUGACCUGGCACGCGGACAUGGAGACCCCGCUGCCGCAAACGCAGUCGCUACGAGAGCUGUGCGUGCGGUGCUUGAAGGAUAUUGAGGGAUACCGGUUCUUUGAUGGCGCAGGGAUCACUAGCGGCCGAGGAUACAUGGAACAUCAGAGGGAGACGCCUUCUACCGUCCUGGCUGUGGGUCGAGAGCAGAUACUGCGGGUGAUAUGGGUUGAGGCAGAAGAGGUGUCUACUUACAUCAGGUACUCCCGACAGCAUCGCUAG